CAUCGCAUUGCUAAUCGACAAAGCUUCCGGAACGCGGUAUAAAUAAUCGCAUUCGACAGUCAGUCCAGCUUUUAUUCGUCGUAGUACCGUUCACCACAAAACAUUCCACAUCACCAUGAUCAAUCGAACGAUCGCGAUCGUGAUGUUCGUUGGCAUCCUCCAAGUUACAUCAGCCACUCAAAAUCCAACGAAUCACAACCGGACAACGGAUUUGGAAACCUCCCGACAAUCACCGGAAACGCCAUACUUUGAUGCUGUGGUCUACCCCCACGCCUGGAGUUGGGCCCUGACGGCGCUGGUUCUGGUCGUGUUCAAGAGUUUCGGCCUGUUUGUGGCGUUCGCCAUGUGGGCCUACUGGGAGCAGCGCAUCCGGGGGAAGCCUUCGUUUGGCCGAAGUGGCCAACUGGACGACUGGAUGGACCUGGCGGUGCGAUAUCUGGCCGACGGACAGUCGGAAUACUGCCGGAAGCGGUUGGUCUGUGAGGUGGGCGAGUACACGAGGAAUGUUCCGCUGGUGGGACGGAUUGAGCUGGACGGAGUUUGGAGCAAAAGAAAAUUGGGUGGACAAGUGAUCAAAGAGGUGUAA